GUUUCUUCUGAGGUUUGUAGUUUACAUUAGGAAAUAACGCUUCGCCUUGUUAUCGCGUUAUUUAUCCUUUGGCUGAAGGUGAGGCUACGGGAGGGUUAGUUUUAUCGCUCAGUAAAAAAAAGCUCGCGGACUCCACAGAGGUCAAAGGGCGAUGCUGUCAGUCAUGUGCAGAUCGGCUCUGCCUAAAUACGGCAGGUCGUGGCUGUCUGCCCAGGUCGCGGUCAGAACCAUGUCCUCCUCUGAGGGACCCAGUCCUCCGUUCACCACGCUGGCCGUCAGCCGCCCGGCGGAGGCCGUCACACACGUCCAGCUCCACAGGCCCAAAAAGCUCAACGCCAUGAACAAAGCUUUCUGGAGGGAAAUGGUGGAGUGCUUUAAUGAGAUCUCUGAGGACCAGGACUGCAGAGUGGUGGUGGUUUCAGGAGCAGGGAAGAUGUUUACAGCUGGUAUCGACCUGAUGGACAUGGCGGGCGAUAUGCUCCAGCCGGAAGGCGACGACGCGGCCAGGGUCGCCUGGAACGUCAGAAAACUGGUCCGCAAGUAUCAAGAGACGUUCUCCGUCAUCGAGAAGUGUCCAAAGCCCGUCCUGGUGGCCGUCCAUGGUGCCUGCAUCGGAGGAGGUGUUGACCUGAUCACCGCCUGCGAUAUCCGCCUGUGCACCCAGGACGCCUGGUUUCAGGUCAAGGAGGUGGACAUCGGUUUGGCAGCAGACGUAGGAACCCUGCAGAGGCUUCCUAAAGUCAUCGGCAGCCGCAGCCUGGUGAACGAGCUGGCUCUGACCGCCAGGAAGAUGUACGCCGAUGAAGCAAAGAGCAGCGGAUUGGUCAGCCGAGUGUUUCCGGAUAAGGACGCCAUGAUGGCCGGAGCCCUGGAGAUGGCGGGAGAGAUCGCGGCUCGCAGCCCUGUGGCGGUGCAGGGCACCAAGCUCAACCUGAUCUACUCCAGGGAUCACAGCGUGGCCGAGGGACUCGACUACAUGGCUACGUGGAACAUGAGCAUGCUACAGACCCAGGAUGUGAUGAAGUCUGCUCAGGCAGUCAUGGAGAAGAAGAGCCUCAAAGAGACGCUGUUCUCCAAACUGUGAAGCUCAGAGCUGCUGCUGCUGUCGUUCUUCCAUCUUUAAGAGGAGAGCAGAUUGUUCUCUCCUCAGACCUCCAAGCUGCUGCCAGGAUGAAACCAGUCUGAACAUCUGAGCUUUAACUCCUUUCUAAUUGUAUAAUUUCAUCUUGUUUUGUAAACUAAUCAUCUUUAAUAAAGUCAUCUGAAUUAUU